UUCAGGGUAACUGGCAAGCUGGUCAAUGUGCCUUUCUGGAGAGGAUACAACGUUAGCGCACUCAGGUUACCCGUCUGUUUUAUUUAGCGUGUAGAUUGUGACACGGAACACAAUGGAAGAAGCACAGAAGCAAGCUGAUGUGUUUCUGGAGCUGAGGCAGCGUCUACAGAGUGGUCUUUUAGUUUUGAGGAGUGAUGUUACAGGGGACCCUUCUGACGUCGCAGUGUCCGGUGGAGACGCCUCGCUGCUGAUCAGCAUGCCCAGGGAGGUGCUUUGCGUGGAGUUGCCACCAGGGGUCACCCUUAUAGAGGGGUCCUGCAGAGAGGUGUCCAAUACACCAGGGGAGGGACUGCACCUGAGACUUCGCCUGCAGGUGGACCAGCACACAGAAGCUCCAGGGAGUGUGAUGAAGAGAGUGCAGAUUGAGAAGAGUUAUGGCUUCUCCUGUCAGAGGUGUGGGGAGAGAGUGCUGACAGAGAGGGUGUUCCAGAGAGUGCUUCCUUUGCCCAACGGGAACUGGAACGCGCUGGUAGAGGACUGGUGUUGCCACCCUGACCCCUUCGCCAACAGGAAGCUGCUGCCCAGACCGGGGGACUGCUUACUGGGUGACACCUACUUCCUGCUGGCCAGAGAUGAUGAAUGUGACCAGACACUCGCGCAGGAACCCAGCCCCGCUCCCACAGAUGUCAGUCACAACCAAGACUCCAGACAGAAGCCCAGUAGUAAGCCGUCAGUCACCUGCAGGAGCUGUGGAGCCACACUGGGAGAGGCCGUAGCUGCAGAAACACUGAAGCUCUACAUCACAGAAGUGACAGUUAUGCAGAAGGAUGAGGAGAGAGAUGACGACACAGUCAGACAAUCCAGAUGGCUCUUCCUGGAGCGGACCAUAGCUGCAAGGCUGGUGGAAUUAUCUUCUACACAAAGCAUGUUCCGCUUUUCUCUCCAGACUCCAAGUGGAAAACCAUUUAUCCUGCUCUGGCUCCUGAACACUGACUCCCUCGUCGCCUCGCACUCCUCUCCAGCCGUCGGCAGUGACGCCUCCGUCGUUCCUGGAGAUGGGCUCCACAUCCAGCAUCGAUCAUGCGCAGCCAGCAGCGCCAUCAAAGUCCUCUAUCUGCUGUGCGCACCCAGCAUGCACCAGGACAUCACAGAUGCCUGGGAGAAGGACGUUGGUGUUCACCCCCUGGUCCUGCCCCAAACUACAUGCCAGGAGGUGAUGCAUCUGUUGACCGCCAGCACUUCCCGUCUCCCUCCACCUCUGCGCAGAAUGAACUCCUAUCAGGUGGCGUUUAUGAGACUGUGAGGUCACACCUUGAUCAUUCCUGGUCUGUGGGUUCUCGCAGAGUUCAGGGUCAUGCCCUCCAGAUGUUACCAUGGACCUCAAAGAAAAGUGUUUGAAAUGAACCAUU